AUGGGGGGCAAAGCAGAAAACAAGGCCGGCUACUUCGAUAAGCUCAAGGGCCUUCUCGAGGAGUACACCAGCAUCUUCAUUGUCACCGUCGACAAUGUCAGCUCUCAGCAGAUGCACGAGAUCCGUGGUGCCCUCCGUGGUGAGGGUGUUGUCUUGAUGGGCAAGAACACCAUGGUCCGUCGUGCCGUCAAGGGCUUCAUCAGCGAUAACCCCGAGUACGAGCGCCUCCUUCCUUUCGUCAAGGGCAAUGUCGGUUUCGUCUUCACCAACUCCGAUCUCAAGACCAUCCGUGACAAGAUUCUUGACAACAAGGUUGCUGCGCCCGCCAGAGCUGGUGCCCUCGCUCCUAAGGAUGUCUUCAUCCCAGCUGGUAACACUGGUAUGGAACCCGGAAAGACCUCUUUCUUCCAGGCUCUCGGUGUCCCAACCAAGAUUGCCCGUGGUACCAUUGAAAUCACCAGCGACUUGAAGCUCGUCGAGGCUGGAAGCAAGGUCGGAGCCUCCGAGGCUACCCUGCUUAACAUGUUGAACAUCUCGCCCUUCACAUACGGUAUGGGUAUCUCCCAGGUCUACGACCAGGGCAACACUUUCCCACCUGAUGUUCUCGACGUUGAGGAGUCCCAGCUUCUCAAGUCUUUCUCCAGCGCUAUCACUACCAUCGCUGCUAUCUCCCUGGCUGCCAACUUCCCAACCCUUCCAUCUGUUAUGCACUCUGUUGUCAACAGCUACAAGAAGGUUUUGGCCAUUGCCAUUGAGACUGAGUACAGCUGGCCCGAGAUAGAGGAAUUGAAGGAUCGCAUCGCUAACCCUGAUGCUUACGCUUCCGCCGGUCCUGCUGCCGCAACCGAGGCUGCCCCAGCUGCGGCUGCUGCAGCCCCCGCUGAUGAUGGAGAGAAGAGUGGUGAGGAGGACUCUGAUGGAGAAGGAUUCGGAGGCUUGUUCGACUAA